GUUAAUUACAGCAGCCAAACGAGCUCUAAAAUCCAACUUAAAUCCGGGGCCAAUUCUGGUGCCCUUUCUGUUCAAUCAGAUUUCUCUGAAAUUCGAAAUUGAAAUAGCAUUUUUUUCCCAGUAUCAACAAUAUCUAUGAAUUGCGAAGUUUGCCAACUCAAUGAGCUUGAAGUGGAGCACUUUGAGAUACGUGAAGUUCUCCGAUGCAUUCUACAUACAAUUCUGUUCCAUAGAGCUUUAGGCCUGGUGCGGCCAAAGGACGUCGAUUUGGAGCUUUUCGAGAUUACCUAUGUGCAAUGUGGUGAUGUGGAGGUUGAGAGGAAGAUAGACGAGAAGAUUGACCAAUUCAUUGACAGGGUAGAGAAACACCCAAAGAAGAAAAAUCAGAUAUGUUUGUCCUUUUAUGAGGUGAAAAACAAACAGGCUACAUGGUUCACAAAUAAAGUUGAACACCUCUACUGGGAACAAUGGUACAUAAAUUUAAAUGUGAUGCAACACCCAAAAACACCGUCUGGCAAGUCUCAUCAUUCUAAACUAGUAGUUGAUCCAGGAGUUGAGGCAGGAGGUGCUAGGCGUGCAGCACUAGAAGCAUCUCUUCGUGAUGUUCUGUUCCAAAUAAUUAAAUUUGUAAAUGAGAAGAAGGAUCAUGUUCCCUCAAUACCGAAUCUGGAAGGCUUUUUGUUUCCCUAUGAAAUUACAAUCUCAAGAUGUACCUGAAGCCAAUGUGUACAGCUGCUAAAUUAUGUACUGCCUUCUUUUAGUUCAUCAGAUUCUGCAUUCAGGAUGGAUAUGUUCAAGAGGAUGCUCCAGACACCUCAUCCAUCGAUGCUCAGCUGAUUAUCAUAGCCCUGAAGUUCACCCUCUUACUUUCCCCUUGUCGAGAAGUUAAAUAUGUUGCUUUGUGUCUCAAGGUGAAUAUGAUAAAGCCUACAGUCUGUAAAUUGGAGCUUUACAGUAUAGUGGAAACUGAAGGUUGAUACUCUGAAAUAGAUUACGAUAUGUACAUAUCAGUUAGCUUAUCUCCAGUAUACUCUUUUAUCAUAGCUAUUUUUAUUUGACUCUCAACUACGAAAAUGAUUUUGUACAUAUUAAUUAGCAGAUCUUAUGAUAACCGUGUCUGCUUGGUGGGCUUUCUUCAAUUAUUCAGAUAUGUCCAUUUUUUUGGUC